AUGCUUCUUCUUAGCAACAUCUUGCAUUCUCUGACGGAAGGUUUGGGAUUAGCCACAAACGCUCUUCUUAUAUACCUUGUAUUGACAAAGACUCCAAAACGACUUACCACUUAUUCCAUACUUAUCCUCAACUUUGCCAUUUGCGAUCUUCUCACUUGCAUGUCUGCAUUUUUUGUACAGCAAAGGUAUUCAUAUAUUUGUUUGUUUAUUUAUUACUCUACUAUACGAAAGCGUGCUCUUGGAGUAAAAACAUUUCAAACUCAAAAAUUGAGCAUCAAGCAAUAG